GAAAAUAAAACAAAAUGAAAUAAAAAUUUCUGAAGGUUUCCCAGGUUUUCUCCUCGUUAUUCCUGGAACACUCUCCAUUCCGAUUCUCAGUUCUUCCCUCUCUCUUGCUCUCCAAUCUUGAAAAUGGUGGAAAUCAACGAUUGCCCAGAAGAAGCUACAACAGCCAUGGAAGACGAUAAAGACGAAGAAGAAGGAGGAGGAGGAGGAACAAGAAGCAGAAUGUUCGAGAAGCUAAAGCCGUACUGCUUAGAGCUUCUGGAGCUUCUCCAAAACCCAAAGAAGCAUUCCUCCGCGAUUCCGUCGCUUCUUGAAUUCCUUCGCCAAUCUCCACCAGAUUCUCUUCAGCCCUUCUUCGAUUAUGCUUUGUUCCCAUUGCUGCUUCUACUGGAUGCGGCGGUUGCAUCUAGAUCCCCGCAGAAGGUUGAUUCUGAAGGUAAAUUUGAAAGCUCUAAUGGCUCGAAAACGCCUCCCAAAGUCGGUGAUCAAGUGGCAGAAGGUGUGCUGCAGUGUCUGGAGGAACUUCUCAUCAAGUGUCAUCUAGGAUCAGUGGAACAGAUGGUUGUAGUCAUGAAAAAAUUGACUUAUGGGGCUCUACUUUCUCCAUCUGAUGCUUCAGAAGAGUUCCGUGAAGGAAUCAUUAAGUGUUUCAGGGCACUGAUUUCAAGUUUGAUUCCAUGCUCCGAUGAGUCCUGUACGUGUAAACAAACCUUUCAUCUGCCAUUGCUUUUAGACAGUAGAGAUUUGAAAACCAUGCCUGUUAGAUCUGCAAAGUAUGAUUCAGAACCGGCCGAAUGUUUAAUUGCAUUUCUUCAGUCUCAAGCUUCCUCGGCUGCUGUUGGACACUGGCUAUCUCUUCUUCUCAAAGCGGCUGACACUGAGGUUGCAAGAGGACAUAGAGGCAGUGCAAAGCUUCGUAUUGAAGCCUUUAUGACCAUGCGUGUGCUUGUUGCUAAGGUCGGUUCUGCUGAUGCAUUAGCUUUCUUUUUACCUGGCAUUGUUAGUCAGUUUACAAAAGUUUUACAUGCCUCAAAAGCAAUGGCUAGUGGAGCUGCUGGAAGUGUUCAAGCCAUUGAUCAAGCGCUUAGAGGUUUGGCUGAGUUUCUCAUGAUAGUUCUACAUGAUGAUGCUAAUAUGGCUAGCCUAGAGACUUCCCUGAAAACUACUGCUGAUAUCAUUUCAAACAAGUCUAUGUCCACCCAAGCAUUGAUGGAGGAGCUCCGUAACUUGCCUUUCAAGGCCCAGCAAAGUCAAAGCAGAUUUGUAGCAGGAGAACCGAGUGGUCAAGAGCCGAAAGUGAUUAGUCCUGAACCCGAACUGAAUGAACAUAGAACCGACUCUAGAAAGGGGAUUGGAGAUCUAAAUGUAAGUCGUACAAAAGACUGGAUUGAGAAAACUUCAGCUCACGUGGAUAAGCUAUUGGCUGCGACUUUUCCAGAUAUGUGCAUUCAUCCAGCAAAAAGAGUGCGACAAGGACUCCUAGCUGCUAUCCAAGGUCUGCUAUCAAAGUGCAGGUGCACGCUGAAAAAGAGCAGAUUAAUGCUUUUGGAGUGUGUAUGUGCUUUGGUUGUUGAUGAAUCUGAAGAGGUUUCAGCAGCUGCGCAGGAGUUCCUUGAACAUUCAUUCUCAUCGAUCGGCAACAAGCAACUGGAGCAGGAUGUUGCAGAUAUUUUCAAUAGACUCAUUGAUAGGCUCCCAAAAGUAGUGCUUGGGAGUGAGGAAUCUCUAGCAAUCUCACAAGCUCAGCAGUUGCUCGUGAUUAUAUAUUAUUCUGGUCCGCACUUUUUAGUUGAUCGUCUCCUUCAGUCUCCUGUAACAGCUGCUCGAUUCUUGGAAGUUUUUUCCCUUUGUUUUAGUCAAAACUCUGUAUUUGCUGGUUCUCUUGACAAGCUCAUAAGGACUUCCUCCAUAGGAUAUUUUGACUCUGUUGCUGAGCUGAAAGCCUUAUCUAAUUUGACUAGCGAUCCCCUGACUGCAAUAUCUGCUACUCCUAAAGUUUCGAAGCCCGUGAUUGGUCAAGAAAAACAAGUGACAUACCUGGAGGAAAACACACAGAAGAAUUACGAAUUACCCCGCAUGCCUCCUUGGUUUGUUUAUGUUGGGAGUAUGAAACUCUACCAAGCUCUUGCAGGAAUUCUAAGACUAGUAGGUUUAUCCUUAAUGGCAGACUUUAGAGGUGGAGUGAAUUUGUCGCUUGUUACCGAAAUUCCUCUUGGUUACUUGCGCAAGUUGGUUUCUGAAGUUCGCAUGAAGCAAUAUAACAAAGAGAAUUGGCAGUCUUGGUAUAAUAGAAAUGGUUCAGGACAGUUGAUACGACAGGCGGGCACUGCAGUCUGUAUUUUAAAUGAGAUGAUAUUUGGUAUAUCGGAUCAGUCAAUCAAUUGUUUCGCAAGGAUGUUUCAGAAGUCACGGAUAAAGGAAAAAGAAGUUCAAGAACCCAAUUCAUGUUUUACUUAUAGUCGGCCUUGUAAAAGCAUGCUUAUUGAAUCAAAUUGGAAAGUUUCAUGUGAAAAGGGCAUAAGGAAUCACCUGAUAGACUGUGUUGGUAGAAUAUUACAUGAGUAUCUAUCUCCAGAAGUCUGGGAUCUUCCAAUGGAAAAUAAAUAUUCUGUUGCCGAUCGUGAUUGUGAAGAUGGUGAUAUCAGUUUACAUGUCUUCCGCGAUACAGCUAUGCUACACCAGGUUAUUAUAGAAGGAAUAGGCAUCAUUAAUAUCUGUCUUGGGGAAGAUUUUUCCUCCAGUGGGUUUCUUCAUUCGUCACUGUAUUUAUUGCUUGAGAAUCUUAUUUCGUCAAACUACCAUGUGAGAAGUGCUUCUGAUGCUGUUUUACACGUCCUUGCUGCAAAAUCUGGAUAUCCGACGGUUGGUCACCUAGUAUUGGCAAAUGCCGAUUAUGUGAUCGAUUCGAUAUGUCGGCAGCUACGCCACUUGGAUCUUAACCCUCAUGUCCCGAAUGUGCUUGCCGCCAUGCUUUCGUACAUUGGAGUGGCAAAUAAGAUAUUGCCUCUGUUAGAAGAACCGAUGCGCUCUGUCUCACUGGAACUUGAAAUUCUUGGUAGGCAUCAACACCCUGAAUUAACGACUCCCUUUCUAAAGGCUGUUUCAGAAAUUGGCAAGGCAUCAAAGCGCGAGGCCAAUUUAUUGCCUGAACAAGCAGAGUCCUAUUAUUUGCAUGUUAAGACUGCAAUAUCUGAUAUUGAAAUGAAGGAAAUGGCAGAAUCCGAACAGCUUAUGGAAUUACAUGAUAAUUCGGACAUCGAUAUGCAUGACAUGGAGACAGAGCAAUGGGAGAACCGUUUGUUUAAGUUGAAUGACUCAAAGAGAUAUAGACGGACAGUUGGAUCUAUUGCUGGUUCUUGUAUUGUGGCUGCAACCCCUCUACUAGCUUCCGCGAAUCAAGCUGCUUGUUUGGUGGCUCUAGAUAUAGUCGAGGAAGGUGUUGCGGCAUUAGCAAAAGUGGAAGAAGCAUAUAGGCAUGAGAGAUGCACAAAAGAAGCAAUUGAAGAAGUGAUACGAUCGCAUUCAUUAUAUCAUCUUCUAGAUACUCUAGAGGCUGCAGAAGAUGGAAGUGACGAGAAUAGGUUACUUCCAGCGAUGAACAAAAUAUGGCCUUUUCUGGUUGCGUGUGUUCAACACAAAAAUCCAGUGGCUGUUCGAAGAUGUUUAAGCGUGGUAAGCCAUGUAGUGCAAAUCGGUGGGGGAGACUUCUUUUCUCGUCGCUUCCAUACGGACGGAUCUCACUUCUGGAAACUCCUGUCCUCGUCCCCAUUCCAGAGAAAGGCCAAUUUGAAGAAAGAAAGAAUGCCUCUGCAACUUCCGUACCGAAGUGUUUCCACUUUGCCGGAAGACUCGAUGGCUGAAACUUCCAAUCUGAAAGUCCAGGUUGCAGUGCUCAACAUGAUUGCCGAUUUGGCCCGGAACAAAAGGAGCGCUUCAGCAUUGGAAAUAGUCCUCAAGAAGGUCAGCGGUCUGGUGGUGGGGAUAGCAUGUAGUGGCGUUGUGGGACUUCGCGAUGCGUCUGUGAAUGCCCUUGCUGGACUUGCGUCUGUGGACCCUGACCUCAUCUGGCUUCUCUUAGCUGAUGUUUAUUACUCCAUGAAGAAGGCAGAUAUACCUCCACCACCAACCACAAGUUUACCAGAGAUCUCGCAAGUACUACCACCGGCAGCAUCACCAAAAGAUUACCUUUAUGUACAGUAUGGAGGGCAGACUUACGGUUUUGAUGUCAACAUUUCGUCCGUUGAAACAGUUUUUAGGAAACUGCAUUCCAUUGUUUUCACUCACCAAAUGUACAGAUAAAACUUCAUUGUCAUAAUUCCUUGUACAAUUACCAUUUUGUAGAACUUUCUGUUC